ACUGAAUCCUUCAUACACCAUUUUCUUCUUCUUCCUCUUCUCCGACCUUUAGUGAUAAGCCGAUAAUUAACUUCCACCGAAACUAAAACCUUUAAAUCCUAAAAACACACAAUCAUGACAGAAACAACAGAAAAAGUCGACCUACCAGCUUCGGUCUCAACGACAUCAGGAGUGAAAGGACUCGUUGACGCCAAAAUAACAGAAGUCCCCCGGAGCUUUCGUUACCCUUCUUCAACUUUGUCCAACAACAGACCUUCUGAAAUCUCGGGCUUAAACCUCACCGUCCCGAUCAUCGAUCUUGGAGAAAUCAACAACAACAACACGUCAGCAAGAAACGCCGUCGUUUCAAAGAUCAAAGACGCAGGUGAGAAGUGGGGUUUUUUCCAAGUGAUCAACCAUGGUAUUCCUUUAACUCUUCUUGAAGAUAUCAAACAAGGAGUUCGAAGAUUUCACGAGGAAGAUCCCGAGGUGAAGAAAAAUUACUUUCCCACUGAUUCCAACAAGAAGUUUGUUUACAGUAACAGCUUUGAAGAUCCUUAUAAAUCAACUCCUUUGAAUUGGAGAGACUCUUUCACUUGUUUCCUUGCUCCAGAUCCUCCAAACCCUGAAGAGAUCCCUGUAGCUUGCAGGGAUGCUGUGAUGGACUAUUCGAAGCAUGUAAUGGAGUUAGGAACGUUACUCUUCCAACUUCUCUCGGAAGCUUUAGGUUUAGACUCAGAUAUACUCAAGAGGAUGGAUUGUCUCAAAGGUUUGUUUAUGCUCUGCCAUUACUACCCACCUUGCCCACAACCUGACCUAACUUUGGGAAUAAAUAAACACACCGACAACUCUUUCCUUACGCUUCUUCUUCAAGACCAAAUCGGUGGUCUCCAAGUUCUUCAUAAAGAUUAUUGGGUCGAUGUAACCCCUGUUCAUGGAGCUAUUGUUGUCAAUAUGGGUGAUUUCAUGCAGCUGAUAACGAAUGAUAAGUUCUUGAGUGUGGAACAUAGGGUACGUACGAACAUAGAUGGACCACGGAUUUCAGUUGCAUGUUUCUUUAGCUCGAGUCUGUUUCCAAAUGCCACGGUUUAUGGACCGAUCAAAGAGCUUUUGUCUGAUGAAAGUCCUGCAAAGUACAGAGGUAUCACCAUACCAGAGUAUACUUCAGGUUACCUUGCCAGCGGCUUCGAUGGGAAAUCACAUUUGUCUAAAUAUAGGAUAUGAAAAAGAGAAAGACUUGUCCUAUUGAUAUAUGUGUGUGCCUUUGCACCUGAAACAAUGUAACAAAGAGACGAUAUUUUAAGUAAAACGAUUCACACUUGAUUUA